CCGAGGGUCUGCGGUCACACUCCUUUACAGACGCCGGCAAAAAAAGCGAAAAACGAAAUUAUUUUCAAUUUUAAUUAAAAGCGAUUUAAAGUAGCCAAAAUGUCCUUCAAAAGCAAUCCCAAGGUGCAAAAGGUGAUGGUGCAGCCCAUCAACCUGAUCUUCCGUUACCUGCAGAAUCGCUCGCGCGUGCAAGUCUGGCUGUACGAAAACAUUUCGCUGCGCAUCGAGGGCCACAUUGUUGGCUUCGACGAGUACAUGAAUCUGGUUCUGGACGAUGCCGAAGAAGUGUACGUGAAGACGCGCCAACGCAAGAGUCUGGGCCGCAUUAUGCUAAAAGGGGACAACAUCACGCUGAUACAGAACGUGAGCCCGUCCAAGGAUUAGUGGCGUAGAUUGGAUUACCUUUCCUCCCGAUAGAUGCACGCCGUAACCAUAAGUUGUAAUCAUGACUGUAAAGCUGAAGCCUCAAAACGAAUGAAAACUAAAUAAAUGGAUAUCUUUUCUUUAAA